AGAGUCCGCCGUUAAACGCGUCACGUGGGUCGUUUGGUUCCCUCUCACUUAACAGCAGAGGCUCCAUUUUGUGUUUGCGGUCUCAGUCGACAGUCAGCAAGGAAAUACUGCUAGGACCACCUAAGGAAAACUUUACCAACAACACCAACAUGAGUGGAUGUCGUAUUUUCAUCGGCCGUCUGAGCCCGUCUGCCAGAGAGAAGGAUGUGGAGAGGUUCUUCAAAGGAUACGGCCGCAUCCGAGAUAUUGACCUCAAGCGAGGCUUUGGGUUUGUGGAGUUUGAUGACCCCAGGGAUGCUGAAGAUGCUGUUUAUGAGCUUGAUGGCAAAGAGUUGUGCAAUGAAAGGGUAACCAUCGAGCACGCCCGUGUACGUCUGCGAGGUGGCCGUGGCAGAGGAGGCAGCACUGGAGGAGGAGGAGGAGGACGUUUCUCUGAUCGCUAUGGCAGAGGAUCCCAGAACAGUCGGAGUCGAAAUCCUCCUCCGAUGCGCACUGAGAACCGCCUGAUUGUGGAAAACUUGUCAUCUCGUGUCAGCUGGCAGGACCUGAAAGAUUUCAUGAGACAAGCUGGAGAGGUGACAUUUGCAGAUGCACAUCGCCCCAAGCUCAACGAAGGAGUGGUUGAGUUUGCCUCAUACAGCGAUCUGAAAAACGCCCUUGAAAAACUGUCUGGAAAAGAAAUCAAUGGCAGGAAAAUCAAGCUCAUUGAGGCAGCCAAGAAGAGGUCGAGAAGUCGUUCCCGGUCAGAGAGCUCCUCCCGCUCACGGUCCCGUUCUCGUGGUCGCUCUCCAUCUCGCUCGCCUAGACGCUCUCGCAGCCCCGCCAAGGCCCACAACCGUUCCCGUUCCCCCAGUGGCUCACCCUCCGGCGGUGCCGCCUCCCCAUCAGCGAAAUCCAAGGAUGCCACUAAACGUUCCUCAAAAACGAGCAAGUCUGCCAGCCCGCACUCCCCUCUGCCUGCCCAGAGGGCCUCUCGCUCUCGCUCCCGUUCCCGCUCCCGCUCUCGCUCCCGUUCCAGAUCUCGCUCUCGUUCUCGCUCUACUGACAGCCAGCGCUAAAGGUUGUGUUUAAGUUUAACAGGAAUCACCAGUUGGAACAACUUGUUUCAGCAGUAUAAUCAGCUUGGAGGUGUUUGCACACUGGAGCUCCCAUGACCCCCUCUGAAAGCUGAGACAAGCGUUUCCCUCAAGUAAAGUUUUUUUUUUUAGUUUUUCUUGUCUGGAUUGUCAUCCUCAACAGUCCUCAAGGUUUUCACAUUUAAAACACAUGUCGUACAGAAACAAUGAUAUUAAGUCAGAUAUUUUAUUGUCAUUUUAAAGUUAAAUAAUUUAAACAGAAGACCGUUGUACCGUUGAGUGACUCCUCACCUCCAAAUUUACUCAUCCAGCUUAGCUGCAGGUCCAGUUCUGAUCCAGCACCAUUAUUUCUUGUCACAGAAACACCAAAUCGAACCAGCACUGCCAUUAUUGGGCCUCUAACGUUGGUCAUCUUUACACUUUGAAAAACUUUGAAGAGGGAACCUGUGUUUUUCAGCAGUAAUAGAAUACUUUUGAUAAGUCAUGUGACCACUUUCUUUACUGUUUUGCGAUACUUUUGUUGUUGCUUGUCAGUAGGAAGAUUGAUCCUUUUUCUUUUUUUUACAUUUUUGUCCUUAUCACUCGCGUUUUCCAAGUCCUUUCACCUCUUUCCCCAUAUUUUCUGACCUGCUGUAUCUACCACAGAUGGUGUAUGCCAUAUCUAUAACUUAAAAUGCUUGCAUGUGCUUUUGUUUGAUCGAAAUUUAGACUUAUUAGUAUUGAAAAUAUUUUAUUUGUACUUAAAGCUCAAAAACAAACCAUUGCAACUGGCAUUGGCAGCUUCAGUACCAAGAGCACUGUACAAUGACAUUGUUCCAGCAGUUGAACAGCUGCACAGUAAAAUAACGGUUGAUUUCAUGGAUCGUGCAGUUGACUGUUGAACUGUCUUGUUGGGAGAUGUAAUACUCUUGAGGAUAAGGUCAACACUUUAAUUUCAACACUUUAAAAUGGUGUUGCAUACAGAAUGUUUAUUCUAGCGUUGUAAUUUACUUGUUUUUGUUUUGAUAUAGGGGUUUUGUGUACAGCAUUGCAGACUUUGAUUUUACAUACGUGUGUAUUAUACUUGUUGGUACUGUGACUGAUGUUACUGUGGUGACUGAACGUGUAGACAAGAGUUUGGAAAAUGCGACAUUUUUGUAAAUAAGGAUUUUAUUUUCAGUGGGAAAAAAAAAAUAUGAUGGGCGUUUGUAUGGUUUAGGAAGACAAUUGACUAAAACAAUAAAACUGUUUUAAUUAAAACAUGA